CUUCUAACUGGAGACUUGGGGCGGAGCUUCGCCACCGCCCCGCCCCUUCGCGCACGCUGGACGCCGCCUGGGCGGUCCCGGAAGCUGACGUUUUCCAGUCGCGAACCUGAUUGGCUGAUCGUGGCCGUGUUCCCCGCCCGGGUUUUCCCGAUUUGUUUGUAUCGACUCCGGGCAGAGGAACAUGGAUGGCUUAAAUCAGCCCUUGCGGGAACUGCGGGGACCUCUGUGUCCGCCUAAGGACCUAGUGGAGGAAGACACUGACUAUUUAAAAGAGGAUAUGGAGGAGGAUGAAGACCCAGUGUUUGUGGACGCCGAGGAGCUCUGCAGUGGGGGCGUAAAGGCUGGUUGCCUCCCGGGUCGCCUUCCUGUUUUAAUUUAUGAUGAAGACACUCAAGAGAAAUGUGAAGUAUUUGGACGUUUUCCAUUAACGGAUCCUUGGUGGCGAGUAAAGGUACAAGUGAAGCCUGUGGGAAGGAGGUAUCAUACUCAAGGAUUUCCAUCUUACUUUUUACAGUCUGAUAUGUCACCACCAAAUCAAGAGCACAUCUGUUCCCUUUUUCUUAAGGAGUGUCAGGUCUCCGAUGAGUUUAAAAGUCACUUUUUAAAAUGGGUAAAUGAAGUAUCAAGCUAUAAAUACCUAAACUUUGAAAAUAUUAGAGAAACAUUAAGAGCUUUCCAAAAGGAAAAUAAAAGGAAAAGUAAAAAAAAAUCAGCACAGAAUGAACAGGAAGAGUCAGUACCAGAUCACGAGAUGAGUCUUCCCCUGGAGAAUACAAUUGCGUUUACAAGUGUUAUGACAGCUUUGCAAUUUCCGAAAAUAAUGGAAUUCCUUCCAGUUCUUCUGCCUCGACACUUUAAACAGCUCAUAGGCUCAGGCUCUACAACGGUGUUGGAAGAGAUAGAAGAGAUUUUGGGUACACAUCCAUGGAUGCUUGGAUUUAGUAAAAUAACCUACAGAAAAUUGAAGCUUUUGCGAUGUGAGGCAAGUUGGACAGCCUUUUGUCAGUGCAAGCCUCUUCUCCAGUUGAUGACUGACCUAGAGAAGAAUGCAUUGAUAAUCUACUCUAAACUGAAGCAGAUAUGUAGAGAACAUGGGCACACUUGUAUUGAAGAAGCUGAAUUAACUUCUCAGUUGUCAGACCAAGUGUGUUUUUAUGAUGUGUGGCAGUCUCUGAAGUUUUUGCAGGAUUCUGGUGUGGUGACAUGCGAGAAAGGCUGUGUCUUUCUUUAUGACCUUUACCAGGCAGAAAGAGGCAUUGCCUCUUCUCUCUGCCACCUGAUGAUGAAACCUCCAUGGGAGCUACAUGUAGAUGUAAAAAAGGUGCUUGCAUCUCUUCAUGCCCGCAAACCUGAGAAUUCCGAAAGUGAUGAUGUAUUGAAUGAAAGUAAACUGGAUGAGACAAGAUUAGAAAAUUCUGUGCACAUUCCAGAUACACAGGACAAUAGUGAUCGUAAUGGUGAAAAUGAACUUAAUGCAGAAAUAAGUGAAGUUCUCCUGGAUCAGGAUCAGGUGACUGCUUUGGAAAUGAUUUGUGCAAAUGCCGUGACAGUCAUAAGUGGAAAGGGUGGUUGUGGAAAGACCACAAUUGUCAGCCACCUUUUUAAGCAUAUAGAGCAAUUAGAAGAAAGAGAAGUAAAAAAAGCUUGUGAAGAUUUUGAGCAAGACCAGGAUGUAUCUGAAGAGUGGAUGACCUUUACUAAGCAAAGCCAACUAGAGGCGGGCAAGGCUAUAGAAGUUUUACUUACAGCACCCACAGGGAAAGCAGCUGGCUUACUGCGACAGAAAACCGGUCUUCAUGCUUAUACGCUAUGUCAGGUCAAUUACAGCUUCUACUUAUGGAAGAAAAAUAAGAUGACAAAGAACAAACCAUGGAAAUUUUCUUCAAUUCGAGUUCUGGUUGUGGAUGAAGGGAGUUUGGUAUCUGUAAGAAUCUUCAAAUCGGUUUUAAAUAUAUUGUGUGAGCACUCCAAACUUUCUAAGCUGAUUGUUCUUGGUGAUAUUAGACAGUUACCCAGCAUUGAGCCUGGUAACUUGCUGAAAGAUCUUUUUGAGACUCUUAAAUCAAGAAAUUGUGCUGUUGAGCUAAAGACAAACCAUAGAGCAGAAUCUCAGCUGAUUGUGGAUAAUGCUACAAGAAUCUCAAGAUGCCAAUUUCCAAAAUUUGAUGCAGAAUUAAAUAUAUCUGAUAACCUAAUGCUCCCCAUCUCAAUUCAAGAUAAGACAUUUAUUUUUGUCCGACUUCCAGAAGAGGAUGCUGGUUCUCAGUCAUCUAAAAGUGAUCAUCACCCUUAUUUAUAUUCUGUGGUUGGAACUUUACUCAAAGAAGAAGACCUAAAAAAUGAAAAAACAUCACAAUUUAUUGCAUUUAGAAGGCGAGACUGUGAUCUAAUCAACCACUGCUGUUCCAAGCACUACACAGGCCACUUAAUCAAAGACCAUCAUAAUAGACUUAUAUUUGGAGUUGGUGAUAAAAUUUGUUGUACCAGGAAUGCGUAUCUCUCUGAUUUACUCCCUGAAGAUACUUCUGAAAGUCAGCAGAAUAAUGAACUAGAGGCCAAUGGUGAAGACUUUGAUGGUUCUCCUCAUGAUUUUGAUAAAAAUAAGAACAAGAAGCGUACCUUUGAAAGUGAUAUUCGACUAUGCAAUGGAGAAGUAUUUUUUAUAACAGAAGAUAAAACUGAUAUAACUUUUGGAAAGAGAAGAUUCUUAACCAUUAAUAAUAAUGCUGGCUUGGAAGUAACUGUGGAUUUUGGAAAACUAAUGCAAUGUUGUCGCAUAAAACAUGCAUGGGCAAGAACUAUUCACACAUUCCAGGGCUCUGAGGAGCAAACAGUCGUGUACGUCGUUGGGAAGGCGGGCCGCCAGCACUGGCAGCACGUUUACACCGCGGUGACCAGGGGCCGCUCUAGAGUGUAUGUAAUUGCAGAAGAAUCUCAGCUCCGAAGUGCAAUUAAGAGACACAGCAUUCCCAGAAAAACACGUUUGAAACACUUUUUGCAAAACAAUCUUUCCAUAAGUUGUGCAUCUCCAGCAGAGUUUCCAUCCCCAUCAAAAAGCUCUGGAGAAAGUGGAGAAACUUGUAAACAGCCAUCAGCAUCCCCACUUCCUACAACUCGGACUGACACUGGUACAGAUGACGUCACCAAAAGCAGGGCCUCUUCAUCUAAUGGCUGGACGUUCACUUCUGCUGAAAGAUGGCAGUUAUCAUCAUCCGAUGAAGUAGAUACAGAUGAGAGCCCAUCAAAAGGACGAGGGUCCAAAAGAACCUGUGGUGUGAAUGUUGAUGAAAGUCCAAGCAAAGUUCUUAUGGUUGGAAAAUCAUCUCCGCAAGUAUCUUCCAGAUUUCAGAAUUUAAGACUGAAUAGUUUAACCCCGAAGCAACUUUUCAAACCUGGAUGUAAUCAAGAAACUUAAUUUUAUUUCAGAUAGCUCAAAAUUACUAUUUUUUUUUUUCUGUUCAAGACAAAAUGAAACAUCAUGUCUUUGAAGUAUCAAGAUAAAGGAGGAUGUGUAUGAGUGAAAUUUUAUAUUAAGGUUGUGUUAGCUGAUGUUUUAAACAUAUUUGAUCAAAGAAAACCUGAAUGACUUCAGUGCGUAUCAUCAUGAGAACGAUAGUAGCACUGGAUGUAAAUGAGGGGAAAAGGAUGUUAUUUUUUUAAAAACUUUGUACCUUAAAAAUGUUUUAUUUUUAGGAUAAUGACUUAUUAACUGCCAUGAUCAUUGUGGGUUAUCUUUGCCAGUGGGUUGAAGCAAUGGCAAAGAUGAACUGUAAUUGCAUCAGUUGAUUUUAUUGGUCCACGUUCCAGGGCAUCAUGUCUUCUGCAGAGCCAUUAUCUCACAGGGCUGCUGCUCAACUCCAUCAAUGCUGCCCCGGCCAGCGUACCUGGGGCAUCUUCCCGGAAGUGCCUUCCAUGUUGGGAGAACCUUAUUUUGAGUAUAUUACAUUUUGGAAUUUCUUUUUUUAUCUCCGAGUGAUUUGAGUAUUUUAGAUUUUUAUUGUUAAACAGUAAAAGUUAGGAAGAAUGUACCUGUUAUCCUAAUUUUUAAAAUAGAUUUAUUGAGAUAUAAUUCAUAUUUACAAUUCACCCAUUUGAAGUGUGCAGUUGAAUAGCUUUUAGUGUAUUUAUAGAGUUGUACAACCGUCACCAAAAUUAAUUUUAGAACAUUUUCAUCACUCCCAAAAGAAACCCUGUGCCCCUGAGCUGCGGUCCCGACAUCCUCUCUGGCCCUGUCUCUCUAGAUUUGCCUAUUCUGGACAUUUCAUGUAAAUGGAAUCAUACAAUAUGUGGUUCUUUGUUAUUGGCUUCUUUGACGUAGCCAGUGUUUUCAAACUUCAUGUUGUAGCAUAUGUCAAUACAUUUCUUUUUAUUGCUGAAUAGUAUUCCAUUGUAUGGUUAUCUAUAUCAUUUUAUUUGUUAAUCAAUUGGUGGACAUUUGUGUUGUUUCUACUUCCUGGAUAUUAUGAAUCAUGCUGCUGUGACCGUUCAUGUACAUGUUUUUGUGUGGACAUGUGUUUUCAUUUCUCUUGGGUAAAAAUCUCAGAGUGGAGUUGCUGGGUCAUAUGGGAUCUCUGUGUUUAAACUUUUGAGAAAUUGCCAGACUGUUUUCCAAAGCAGGUGUGCUAUUUCAUAUUCCCUUUAGCAACGGAUGAAGCUCCCAGUUUUUCCACACCCUUGCCAACACUUAGUAUUAUCUGCCCUUUUGAUUACAGCCAUCCUAGUGGGAGUGAAGUGGUAUCUCAUUAUGGCUUUGGUUUACAUUUCCCUGAUGACUAAUGAUGUGGGUCCUUUUUUCUUGUGUGUAGCGGCCGUCUGUAUAUCCUUUUUGGAGGAAUGUGUAUUCAGAUUCUUUGUCCAUUUUUAAAUUGAGUGUCUUUUUAUUAUCAGGAUGUAAGAAUUCUUUAGUCUACAUGCAAGUCCUUUAUCAGAUACAUCAUUUGUAAAAAUUAUCUCUGAUUUUUGUGAUUGUCUUUCCACUUUCUUGAUGGUGUUUUUUUAAAGCACAGAAGUUUUUAAUUUUGAUUAAGUGCAACAUGUCUACUUUUGUUGUUGCUUCUGCUUGUGCUUUUGGUGAUGUCUAAGAAACCAUUGUCAAAGCUCAGGUUACGAAAAAUUAGUCCUAUAUUUUCUUCUAAGAGCCUAGUAGUUUUAGCUUUUACAUUUAGGUCUUUGAUCAAUUUCGAGUUAAAUUUUGCAUAUGAUGUGAUGUAGGGAUCCACCUUCAUUCUUCUGCAUGUGGAUAUCCAGUUAUACCAGCACCAUUUGUCGAACAGACCAUUCUUUCCCCAUUGAAUUGUCCUGGCACCCUUGUCAAAAAUUUAAAAAAUCAGUUGCCUUUGAGUUGAUUCCGACUCAUGGCAAUGUCAUGUUUGUUAGAGUGGAACUGUGCUCCAUAGGGUUUUCAAUGGCUGGUUUUUUCAGAAGUAAAGCCAGGCCUUUCUUCCAGGGUGCCUAUAGUUAGACUCAAACUGUCAACUUUUUGGUUAGCAGCCAACUGUGUUAACUGUUUUAUAGCACCCAGAGACUCCUGUCAAAAAUAAAUAUGAGGGUUUAUUUCUUUUAUUCUCUUGAUAUUGUAUAUUUCACUAAUUGAUUUUCUUAUGUUGAGCCAUCCUUGCAUUCCUGGAAUAAAUCUAACUUGAUCAUAGUAUAAAGUCCUUUUUUAUAUGUUGCUGUAUUUGAUUUACAAGUAUUUUGUUAGGAUUUUUGCCUCUACUAUUCGUAAGAGAUACUGGUUUGAAGUUUUCUUUUUUAUGAUGUCUUUGUUUGGUUUUGGUGUCAGGGUAAUACUGACCUCAUAGAAGGAGUUGGAAAGUGUUCCCUCCUCUUCUGUUUUUUGGAAGAAUUUUUGAAGAAUUCAUAUUAAUUCUUAACUAUUUCAUAGCAUUAACCAGCGAAGUCAUCUGGGCCUGGGUUUUUUUUCCUUGUGGGAAGUUUUAAAAUUACUAAUUCAGUCUCUUUUUAAGUCCUUGGAAACCCUGGUGGUGUAGUGGUUAAGUGCUACAGCUGCUAACCAAAAGGUCGGCAGUUCGAAUCCACCAGGCGCUCCGUGGAAACUCGUAUGGGACAGUUCUACUCCGUCCUAUAGGAUCGCUAUGAGUCGGAAUUGACUCGUUGGCAGUGGGUUUGGUUUUUUGUUUUUGGUUAAGUGCUCAGAUUUUCGAUUUCUUCUAAAGUCAGUUUUGAUAAUUUGUGUCUUUGUAUGAAUUUAUCCGUUCAUCUAAGUUACCUAAUUUGUUGGAGUACAGUUGCUCAUAGUAUUUCUUUAGGAGUCCUGGUGGCACAGUGGUUAAGCGCUUGGCUGCUAACCAAAAGGUCAGUGAUUCUAACCUACCCAGUGGCUCCAGGGCAGAAAGAGGUGGCAGUCUGCUCCCACAGAGAUUUCAGCCUUAGAAACCCUGUGCGGCAGUUCUUCUCUAUAUAGAACUGCAGCUCCACUUGAUGGCAAUGGGGUACUCCUUUUUAUUUCUGUAUGGUUGGUAGUAAAGUCCCUCUUGCAUUCCUGAUUUUCAUAAUUUGAGCCUUUCCUCUUUUUUUCUUGGUCAAUAUAGCUAAAGGUUUGUUAAUUUUGUUGAUGUUUUCAAAGAACCAACUUUUGGUUUCACUGAUUUUCUCUAUUUCUAAUCUUUAUUAUUUCCUUCUUUCCGUUUGGUUUGGGUUGGUUUGCUUUUAUUUUUCUUAUGUCUUAAGGUGAAAGGUUAUAAUAUCCAAGGUUGUUGGUUUGAGGUCUUUAAACCAAACAGUUUUAGAUUUACAGAACUGAGCAGAUGGUGUUCAGACAGUUCUGGUAUAACCUUCCACCGUCCCCUCCCUGUGCCGGGAGAAGUGAUGGAGGGUGCUGACAGCCAGGGUGCAGGAGAACAAAGUAGACCAGUGAGACAGAAUAUGUAUCAGGUUUAUAGGUCACGGUUUCACAGGGGUCCUUCUCGCCAAAGACAGAAAGGACAGCAAUUAAGAGGAUAAGGAAAAUCAUGGAAACGAGACCUAACCAAGAUGGCAGUGACUGCAGCGUCAGUGCUGGCACAACUUCAGUUCCCGAUGGAGGCACCCAGGAAACUCCAAACCACAUGAUGCCAAAGACAAAAGCAGCGGAUCCGCCAGCUGAGACUUCAUUAGCUCCCGAGGCUGAGCAGGGCGGGGCUGAAUAACUGCCAGCUUUUUUUUUUUUUUUUUUUUUACCAUCUCUACCAUCAUCUGGUUUGGACAUCCAACAAGAAAUAAAUAUGAAAUUCCAGCAAUAAAAAAUGAACAAAAGAUUGGAGCCGAAGACCUUAAGUGCUUGUUUUUUACCUAUUGACCAGAUAACUAGAACUAUCUGCAGCAUGGGAUUUUUAUUAUUUUUACCUGAAGACGUCUCUUUUUGGUAAUGACAGAUGUGUUUGAAAAAAAAACAGAACUGGUUUUUCUCAAUACACCUUUAAAGGUUUUUAAAUAGUUUCGUAUCUGGUCAAGUUGAGAUUUUUAAGAACCUCAUUUUUAAUUUAUAAUAAAAGUUUACAACUUGAUUUUUUCAAAAAAGUCAACAAACUGCAAGCACUUGUUAACAAAGGUCUUAUAUAUAUAUAUGUAUAGAGAGAGAGAGAGAGAGAGAGAGAGACAGAGUUUCACUUCCCUAAACCUCCCCUGUACCUCAUUAUUCAUCCGUCCACCUUACCACACAGCCCGUGGCAUCCACUAAUCUUUUUACUGGCUAUAGUUUUGCCUUUUCCAGAAUGUCUUAUAUUUGGACUCAUACUAUGUGUAGCCUUUUCAGACUGGCUUCUUUUACUUAGCAAUAUGCUUUUAAAGUUCCUUCAUGUCUUUGUAACUCAUUUCUUUUUAUUGCUGAAUGAUACUCCAUUUUAUGGCUAUAUGUUAGUUUGUUUAUCCAUUUACCUAGUGAACAUCUGGGUUGCUUCCAAUUUGGGACAGUUAUGAAUAAAGUGGCAAUAAACGUGCAGGUUUUUGAGUGGACUCAACUGGGUAAAUACCUAGGAGUGAGUUUACUGAAAGAAAUGGUAAACCUACGUUUAGCUUUGUAAGAAACUACCAAACUGUCUUCUAAAGUGGCUGUAUCCUUUUGUAUUCCUGGUUGUUCCAGAUCCUAUCCAGCAUUUGGUAUUGUCAUUGUUUUUGAUUUUAGAACCUACCCAGCAGCUCUGCAGGAGAAAGACCUAACAAUCUGUUUCCAUAAUGAUUACAGCCAAGAAAACCCUAUGGGGCAGUUGUACUCUCACAUGGGGUUGGAAUCUAGAACCUAACAACGGUAGGUGUAUAGAAUUUGUAUAGGGUUGCUAUGAGUCCGAAUUGACUCGAUGGCAGUGGGUUUGUUUGUUUUGUUUAAUGAUGUAUGGGAGCCCUGGUAGCUCAGUGGUUACGCUCUUGACUGCUAACCAAAAGGUCAGCAGUUCAAAUCCACCAGCUGUGACUUGGACACUCGGAAUCGACUCUGUGGCAAUGAGUUUGGUUUAAUGAUGUAUGAUGUUUAGCAUCUUUCCGUCCGUUUAUUUGUCAUCUCUGUGUUUUGUUUGGUUAGGUAUCUGUUAAGAUCUUUAACCAUUUUGUAAUUGGGUUGUUGGUUUUCUUGAUGAGUUUUAAGAGCUCUCUGUAUAUUUUGGACACAAGUCCUGUAUCAGAUACAGGUUUUGCAGAUAUUUUUCUCCUAUAGGUUUGUCUUUUCACUCUCUCAACAAUGUCUUUCUUAGAGAAGUUUUUAAUUUUAAUGAAGUCCAACUUACCAGUUUUUUCUCAUGGAUCAUGCUUUUGUUGUCGUAGCUAAAAACUUAUCGCCCAUCCCAAAGUCACGUAGAUAUUCUUCUAUGUUAUCUUCUAGAAGUUUUAUAGUUUUACAUCUUACAUUUAGGUCUGUAAUCUGUUUUGAAUUAAUUGUUGUGAAAAGUGUAAGGUCUGUGUCUGGAUUCCUUUUUUUUUUUUUGUAAUAUGAAUGUAUGCUUGUUACAGCACCAUUUAUUAAAAAGCCUUUGCCUUUUUCUCCUUUAUCAAAGUUCAGUUGGCUAUAUUUGCGUGGGUCUAUUCCUAGACUCAUUAUCAUAUUCCAAAAAUUUGUCUUUUUUUUUUUUUUUUGCCAAUACCAUGCUGUCUUAAUUACUGUUGCAUUAUAGUAAGCCUUGAAGAUAGGUCAUGUUAGUCCUUCAGCUUUGUUUUUCUUUGCCAGUACAGUAUUGUGUUGGCUAAUCUAGGUCUUUUGCUUUUCUAUAUAAACUUUAUAAUCAGUUUUCGAUAUUUAAUUUCUAACUUAUCAUUACUGAGAUUUGAUUUGGAUUGCAUUGAAUCUGUGGAUCAUGUUGGGAAGAAUUGACAUCUUAAACAAGAUUGAGUUUUUCUAUCCAUGAACAUGGAUUAUAUCUUCAUUUAUUUAGAUCUUCUUUUUUUCCUCAGGUUUUUAAUUUUCCUUGUAUAGAUUCUUUUUUAAUGUAGGCAUUUAUGGCUAUAAAUUUUCCUCAAGCACUGCUUUAACUGCAUUCCAUAAGUUUUGGUCUGAUGUGUCUUCAUUUCCAUUCAUCUAAAAGUAUUUUCUAAUUUUCCUUUUAUUUUUGCUUUCACCUAUUGGUUAUUUAGGAGUGUGUUGUCUCCCAUUGUGGAACGAGCUGGGGAAAGGAUGAUUGGGACCCCACUAUUCUAGACCUGCUAUACCUGGGCAGAGUUUCUAUCCUAUGAAUGGGCACUAGGUGGAGGAAGGGAGCCCUUGAACUCUUGACCACAUUCACCAGGAAUUUAGCCUUAUCAGGUGGAUCCCUGGUGGCACAUUGGUUAAGAGAUCGGCUGCUAAACAAAAGGUCAGCAGUUUGAAUCCACCAGCCACUCCUUGGAAACUCUAAGUUCUGUGUCCUAUAGGGUCACUAUGAGAUGGAAUUGACUCAACAGCAAUGGGUUUAAGUGGAAGCUGGAAAGGAUAAGAAAUGUUUUGUAGCCUGCCCAUCCUGGUGUCAUACAGUAAACUUUGAUUGGGAGCUAAGGUAAGAGGUAGCCCAGUUUUCUUGGCUCUACCUGCCUGGAGUUGAACUUUUGUCAAGCAGGCUAGGGGGAUAGGGAGUGUGUUGUGGCUCAAAAACAGUCUUGCUGUUUUUGCCAAGUUUUAGUAGAUUUUCUUGAAUAGAUGUUUCUUCAUUUGUUGUAUACAUUUAGAAUUUUUCCAGAGAGAGACUGUGUGUGUGUUUGUGUGUGGGUUUAGUAGUUUCUACCAGUUUUGCCUAAUGGGGAGUGGGUCCACUGAGUUCCUCAUGUUGUAAUACUUAAAGUCUAUCCCAAUGUUUUUAUAUGUGUAUUUUCUUCCUUUUUUUUUUUUUCUUUCUGCAUAGUUUUAACUUUUUCAUCAAAAAUGUGGCACAGGUUGAAGCAUUCAGACUGCUUUUUUCCCAUGAUUCAAAAACUGGUUGUGAGGGUGAUUACAAAGAAAGGAUUGUAACAAGUUUUAGACAAUGGCAAAUAGAUUACAUAGCUUUGAAAUUAGAAGGUGUUAUGGGUUGAAUUGUGUCCCCCAAAAAUGUGUUUUAAAUUCUAACCCCAACUGGAGCCCUGGUGGUGUAGUGGUUAUGAGCUACAGCUGCCAACCAAAAGCUCAGCGGUUUGAAUCCACCAGCUGCUCCUUGAAAACCCUGUGGGGGCAGUUCUCUGUCCUAUAGGGUCCCUGUAAGUCAGAAUCGACUCAGUGGCAGUGGGUUUAUACCUGUGGUUGUACCUGUGGUUAUAAUCCCAUUUGGGAAUGAGUUUUCUUGGUUAUAUUAAUGUUAUAUUAAUUAGUGUAAAGGUGUGUCUGAAGUCAAACUCUUUUUGAGAUAAAAGAGAUUAAACAAGCACGUGAGCAAGCAGAGAUGGGGGAAGAGAUGCCAAGCCACAUGAAGAUCGCCCAGAAGCAGAAGCUCAGAAGAGACAAGGACCUUCCUCUAGAACCGACAGAGAGAAAGCCUUCCCCUAGAGCUGGCACUCCGAGUUUGGACUUCUAGCCUCCUCAACUGUGAAAAAAUAAAUUUCUGUUUGUUAAAGCCACCCACUUGUGGUAUUUCUGUUAUAGCAGCACUAGAUAACUAAGACACUGUGGUAUUUCUGUUAUAACAGCACUAGGUAACUAAGACUCUGGUAUUUCUGUUAUAGCAGCAGUAGAUAACUAACACACUGUGGUAUUUCUGUUACAGCAGCACCAGAUAACUAAGACAGAAAGCAUUUUCCAACCCCCUCUGCUAUAGCCAACCCCCUUGCCCAAACAUUCUGG